CAGGAGCAGUAGAUGCAGCUGGUUCUAGCGCAAAAGAUAAAACUUCUGCUACUGGUCGUGUACAACCAGAAGCGUCGCAGACGCCAGCAUCUGUCGCCUCUCAAGAUUUUCUUGAGCAUCAGGGCAUCCAGUUUACUUCGCGACCGACUGGAAGAAAACCGUUGCUGACCGUACGAAGGCAAAGCUUUCGAAUAUCAUGCUGAUCACGGACAAGAUAGUUCGCGAGCUGUACCAGACACAAAUCGAGAAACUGUGG